AAUAAGUAAAAUGGCUGAAACUCGUUGGACUGCGACAGACGUCCCGUGAAAUAUGUGUAAUAUUGAAGGGUCAUUAUUGUAAAUAAACAUUAAAGUGCAAGUGGCGUAUUUCUUGUCGUGUUCCGUGAUAGUGCAUGCUGUGUUCAUCUGUGUGUUAACAUUGUGGUAAUACAAAUAUAAAGUAAAGUUUUUAAGUGUUUUUGUGUCUUGUUUUUACGGAGAUCAUCAACUUGCUGUCUGAUUUGGAUUUAUGUUUACUUGGUUACGGUGAUGCUAGGCGGGACGGUAGGUGCGGGGUCGCCGGGCGGCGAGGACCUGCUCACCGUCACCGUCGUGAGUGACGAGCACGGCUAUGGAAUGAAGGUGUCAGGUGACAAUCCCGUAUACGUGCAAUCAGUUAAGGAGCACGGUGCCGCUUGGCGCGCUGGUCUGCGCGCUGGAGACCGUAUCCUGAGAGUUGACACCGUACCGGUACACCAUCACACUCAUCAGCAAGUCGUGCAUAUGAUACGAGCCAAUCCCACCACAGUACUGACAGUGCAACAGAACAGUUCACGGCAUAACAAGACGCCGAUAACGGCGCCGUUCCCAGUAAACCAAGAGAAGCAACGACAGCUAGAAGUAUCCAAAGCGCAGACGGUGCGGUUGAUGCUCGAAAAGGAACAAAAGUACAUGAGGGAUCUUAGAAAUGAGCUGCUCAAAGUUCCAGAUGUAAGGAAGCAGGCGCAGCUCGAGUCCGCGGAACAGCGGUGCUUCACGCUCCAGCAUGAGAUAGACUCCAUCAUGGCCGCUCAGUCCCCCGGCACGCCGAAGGCCGGGCGCGCCAAGGAGGCCGAGCGCGGCAACUCGGGCUUCCUGAGCGGCAUCCCGCGCUCGCUCAGCAACCUGACGGGGCAGAGCCUGCGCAACCUGCGCCAGAGCCGCCAGAAGGCGGAGGCGCCGCUCGUGCGCCAGAACUCGGACGAGGGCCGGCGGCGCGCGCACACGCACACGCCCACGCACUCGCCCAGCGCGCCGCCCGUGCCGACCACGUGCCUCGACGCCGCGCCGCCGCCGCUGCCGCCGCGCCGCGCGCCCGCCAGCCCGCCCGCCAGCCCCGCCAACCCGCUGGCCGUGCCGCACAAGCACUACUACAAGAAGCCCUAUCCGAUGCAUCAGUCGAUGCCUCCGUAUAGGGAGGAGAAGAUGCGGAGAUCCUCUCAUUCCUUGGACGGGGAGCUCGAGGGACCUCAGCCGAAUUCGAUCGCGUUGCAGAUGAACUAUCCGCUGGUUAACGCGCCGCCGCCUCCUCUGCAGACGGAUAUUCGAGGCGGCGUUCCGGUUCUGCACGUGAGGAGUCAGUCGUCUCCGGAGCAUCUGGACCACGAGCUGCCUCGAACGGACGCGGAGCGCUGGGCGCGCGGGCCGGCGCCGCCCGGCACGCCGCCGCCGCCCUACCCGCCGCCCUCCCCGCGCCCCUCCCCGCACCCGGCGAACCCGUGUGCGGAUCCCCAACGAGCGAUAAUAUCUAUGGAGGAGGACGACUCGCCGGCCUCCGACAACUCCUCGUAUUCCGGGCUGUUCUCGAAUCUUCGAUCCGUGCGAGAGUCAAAAGCGAGAACGGCGGUCCUCAUAAACUGGCUGCUGGGCGAGAGAAGGUGCGCGUGCGCGAGCCUGGUGCUGGUGCUGACGGACGCGUACCGCGGCGCGGCCGGCGUGUCGCCCGCCACGCUGCGGCGCUGGGCCUACGAGAUACACUCCACCUUCCUCAUGCCGAACGCGGUGUUACAAUUGAACGGCGUCGAUGAGAACAUGGCGAACGAAAUCGAACACGUUCUAGUUAAUGAGUACGACAAGGAGGAGCUGCUGCGGAACGUGUUCCUGAAGGCGCGGCGGCAGGCGAAGGAGGAGCUCGGGCGGCAGCUGAGCGAGUUCCAGGUGAAGCGGCAGGUGGGGCUGGGCACGCUGUACGGCCCCGAGGACAGCGUGCUGCAGCGCUGCUCGCUGGACAAGGCGCAGGAGCAGGUGGUGGUGGAGCGCCUGCUGUGCCAGCGCCUCGCGGCCGUGGCGGCGGGCGGCGCGGCCGCUUGCGGCGGCGCCUCCGCCCCCGACGCGCCCGCCGCGCUGCUCGCCGCGCUCGUCGCCGCCGCGCUCUGUCUGCACUGCAGGCCGGCGUCCGUGGCGGCGGCGGUGGGGGGUUCCCGCGCGUCGUUCCUGCAACGAGAUAAGCUCUACAAGCAGAGACUCAAACAGCUCACGAAGCAACAUCCACAGCCCUUCGUGGUGCGCGGGCACCACCUGCAGCUGCAGGCGCUGACGUCGGUGGCGCACUGCCACCACUGCGACCUGGUGAUCUGGGGGCUGGCCCCGCAGGCCUACGUGUGCGCCGACUGCAAGCUGCGCGUGCACCGCGCGUGCGCGCGCGCCGUGGACGAGGGCUGCUGCCUGGACGGCGAGAGCGGCCCCAACGGGCCCAAGCGCCUCUCGCGCUUCAUGGAGCGCAUGCACGCGCCGCCGCCCGGUCUCGACACGAGCGAUAAGAAGUCGAGGAAGUCGUCGGGGACCGCGAACUUCCUCAACAUGGAAAGGAGUUUUCGAAAAGCGGAAGACGAAACGUGGGACCAAACGCUGACACCUGCCGCAGUUCAAGGAGAAUCGAGACGAGAGGGAUCGACCGAGGAGCCGACAGCGCCAGAACUAGACGUCGACACCAACGACACCAACACCAAGGAGAACGAAACGAAAGAACACAGUUGGAAAGGCGCGAAUGCAUCUCGCGGCGUAAACCGCGCGGAGAGCUGUCGCGAGCGCGACGCACCAAGACGGGGCAAGCAUCGCAACGCGUCCGAUCCGAACCGGCUCACUGCUCAUCCUAACCAUGAUCUCGAGCCAGGCGCGCCCACCGCUCCCUCGGGCAGCUCAAGUAGUUCCAGUCUCUCUUCUAGAAGCAAUGAGAGCAACACCGUCGCUACUGAACACCAAGCAUCCCAAUCCGACUGGUCCGAGGAAGAGGAACCCCUCGCCGCUCAGUGGUCGGACAGCUUGCCGCCGCACGUCCGAGAUACGAUCAUACUCUCGGCUCCCAUCAGGAAACGACAGGAGGUUAUACACGAGCUAAUAGUGUCCGAGGGCUCGCACGUGCGCUGGCUCAAGGUGCUGGGCGUGGACUUCCUCAAGCCGCUGGAGCGGCAGCCGGCGCUGCUGCCGGCGGAGGAGCUGCGCGCGCUGUUCCCCAACCUGCCGGGCGUGCGCGAGCGCCACUCGCGGCUGUACGCCGAGCUGCGCGCCGUGCGCGCCGACGCGCCCAACCACGUCGUGCAGAUCCGCCCCGUGGCCGACGCCAUGCUCAGCACGCUCGGCGACUCGGGCUACGCCUCAUGUCUCUCCAAGUUCUGCCGCGGCCAGCGCAUGGCUUUGGAUGCGCUGCGUGAAAGGAGGCGCAAGAACAAGGAGCUGCAUCAGUUCCUGACGGGACGGGAGCAGCUGCCGCGCUGUGGACGGCUGCAGCUGAAGGACCUGCUGGCUUGCGUGUGGCAGAGGCUCACGAAAUACCAGCUUCUCCUGGAGAGUAUACUGAAGACGGCGAGCGAGGACGAGAGCGCGGACGGCGAGAGUCCGGAGGACAUCAACCAGCUGAGGAAGGCGCUCAACGUGGCCAAGGACGUGCUGCACAGCGUGGACACCGCCAUACGUACGGCGGAGAACGAGCACCGGCUGCGCUCGAUCCAGAGCAAGCUGGAGGUGCGGCUGCCGGGCGGCGCGGGCGGCGCGGAGUGCGACGAGCUGCGGCGCCUCGACCUCACGGCGCACGCGCUGCGCCACGAGGGCGAGCUGCUGCUGCGCACCGACACCAAGCGCAUCGCCGUGCUGGCGCUCAUGCUGGACGACUGCCUCGUGCUGCUGCAGCGCGAGGGCGACAAGUUCGUGCUGCGCCCGCUCGCGCAGCCCUCGCACGCGGCGCUGCUGUCGCCCAUCAUCAAGUGGGAUAAGGUCCUCUUCAGGCCGAACGCGGCCGUCCGGAACACCUUCUUCCUGAUGAAUAUUAACGCGAUACAGAUGCACGAGCUGUCGACCCACACCGCGACCGAAUAUGUCACGUGGGAGAAGCACAUCCGGGAGUCCCCGCUGGCGCGCCUGGCGGAGACCAAGCCCGCGCUGAGCGCCGCCCACCAGCACACGCGCUCCACCGACGACUCCGGCAUCAACGUGUCAAGGAAUCCCUCCGAUGCGUCCGAGAAAUCGACGUCCAGCGCUCCCCCCGAGGAAGCCUGCGAGAGCGAGCGAGACCGAACGUCCGUAGAGCGAGACGACACGAGCGAACGAGACAAACAGUCGCUGGAGCGGGAGGAGGAGAGGGAGCGGGACACGCGCUCCGUGUCCGUCGACAAGGAGGAGGAGGACGAGAGGCACGACCACCGGCGCGCGGUGGGCCGCAUCAGCACGCACGGAGCGUCGCCCGCCGCGCCGGACGCGUGCGCCGUGGGCGUGCGCGCCGCGCCGCCCGCCGUGCACACCGCCACGCGCGCCUUCUCGCACCACGAGCGCCUGCGGCGGCUCGACGAGGCCAUCCGGCGCGCGCUGCGGGCCAAGAGCCUGGUGGUGGCCGAGCUGCUGGGAGUGCCGCCCGACAGCUUCGCGCACCUGGCGGAGCUGGCAGUCGCCGACACGCUGGGCCACGUCGACGUGUGCGGCGAGCUGCAGACGGCUCGCGAGACGGAGACGACUCCGGAUCUGCACCAGCUGCUGCUGGCGGCGCAGGCGCAAGCGAACCAGUUGACGGAGGCGCUCAGCGGCGCGCUCGCCGUGAGCGACGCGGGCGCCGUGGCCGCGCGCGCCGGCCGCUGCGCCACGUGCCGCGCGCGGGGGCCGGCCGCCGCCGCAGGAGAUACAAAUGACCACCAGACGGAAAAAUCGGACGAGGCGGAGAGCUCGCGCGCAAAGGACAGAUUCGACCACAGCCUGGAGGCCGACGCGUCGUUCGACAUGCUGACCGACCUGUCGGCCUCCGAGUCCAGUCUCGAGGCCGCCUACGAGCCGGCGGGCUCCCCGGCGGCGGCGGCGCUGGCGGCGCGGCUGAGCGCGCACGCGUGCGGGCUGCAGGCGGCGCUGGCGGCGCUGCUGGCGGCGCUGCCGGCGCUGGAGCGCGAGCGCCGCGCGCUGCGCGCCGAGCUGGCCGCCGCGCGCGACCGCGCCGACUGCGCGCGCCACCGGAGAGAAUUUCAAGUGACGGAGGAGAUCUUCCCUAAAGGAGUUGACCAGUCGAUACAGGACCAACCGAGUAAUGGGGGUUGAUCUCCCAGCUGAAGACUUCGCCGUCCGCCCGUGACCCCACUGUGACGCUUAACGAAACUUGACGAAAAAACGAGAUUUUUCUCCAAAAAAUCGAUAUAUAUUUUUGUUGAAAGUUUCAUCAAAUUCGACCCAGCUUCUUGACCACCCAACGGUUUCGAUGUCCCGUCGAAUAUUAAACUCGUACUAAUAUUGUAUAUUUUGUAAUGUAACAGUAAUCGCAACGUUACCGUUUUGUAAUAUUUUUAGUAUUAAAUCAAUUAUUUUGUUUCUUUUUUCGUAUUCCAUAAGUAAUUUGUUGUGAUCGCUUGUAUAAAUAUAUUAUUUUGCGUUUCUAUACUAUACGUGUAUAAAUAAUGUAAAUAAUGUCUCGCUGUAUGUCGGUAUGUUGCGCUACUUUGAAAUAAAAAAAAAGUAUUAUUUGACAAUAUACAUAAAAUUCUGUAUUUUUCAUUGUUAAUAAUAUUAUACGUAUGUAAUGUAAAAUGGCGGCCCGUUGGACGGUUUAUCGAGUUUUUAUAAGUUAUUUAUUUUGAUUGUUGUUAGUAAAUUUUAACUUUAAUUUUUUAAAUCAAUUUUAUAUAAAAGUAAUAUUUAAAGUUUUGACAAUGUUUUUUCUACGAAAUUAUAAUUUUUUGAUUUCUUUUUAUUUAAAUAAAAACAUCAAUAUAUAUAUUUUUUAUGUUAUUGUUUGAAUAUAAGUAUAUCCACGGGGCCGUCCUGUUAUUCCACGUAUUGUACAAACAGACACGAUAUUUUAUAUAGAUAGUAAGUGUAGAUUUGUACCACAGUGCCCUAAAUAUUCCUAGUACCUUGCUAAUGCCAUAUUAACUGACGUAUGUAACUAGUUGAUACAUAGCUGUUUAAUUUAUAUAGAGAAAAAAACCAAAAAAGUAAAGAAAAACAACAACAACCGGUAAAGCGACGUUCACUUCGGCCGACAGUUGGAUGGGUGACCGAUUUUCGACAACUUGUGUAAACAGCGUAGUGAUUUUCGAAUAAGCUUUCUAUGAUAGGAAUUGAUGUUUCCGUAUAUCGUAUUGAAAAUACGUUAAUUUAUAUUAAAUGUAUAAUUAUAUAAUUAACAAGCUGUAUAUAAACAAAAACUAUACACAUUAGAUAUCACUGUACCUAAGUAUGUAACAUAGAAUAAACAUUGCCAUUGUA